CACGCUCGCUUAGCCUGCCCAGCGCCCCACGGAUCACGCAGUCGCCGCCGGAUCACAACAUUGAUCGCGCUCCCCAUAAGUAGCGCGUCCCCCGCUGCCAGGACAACUUCUCUUCCUUCAUCUCGACACCACACUUCCCCCGCCAGCUUCCAACCGUUUUCAUCAAUCCAACCUAUCGUCCAUCCACACCAGCUUCCACGCCCCAGCUUCAUCCAAUUUUCCGUCACUUCCAGCCGCAAAAAUGCCACCAAAAGCCCAAAAGACUCCCACCACCGGCGGCAAGGCACCAGCUGGUAAGGCUCCUGCUGAGAAGAAAGAGGCCGGGAAGAAGACGGCCGCUCCUUCCGGCGAGAAGAAGAAGCGCACCAAGUCGAGGAAGGAGACCUAUAGCAGCUACAUUUACAAGGUUCUUAAGCAGGUUCACCCUGACACUGGUAUCUCCAACCGUGCUAUGUCCAUCCUGAACUCAUUUGUCAACGAUAUUUUUGAGCGUGUCGCCACGGAAGCCUCGAAGCUCGCCGCCUACAACAAGAAGUCAACCAUCUCAUCACGCGAGAUUCAGACCUCUGUCCGACUGAUUCUUCCCGGUGAACUUGCCAAGCACGCCGUUUCUGAGGGUACCAAGGCUGUUACCAAAUAUUCUUCCUCUACUAAGUAAGAGUGAAGUGUUGGGAUUUUCUUGGGUUUCAUUUUUGCAUCCGGCGAUUCACAUUCGCUAUGGAUGUCAGGCGGUUAUGGGGGUGAUGGUGUUCAUGGGUCAUUUUAAUGCAAUCAUGGGACGGUUUGCUUGUCUUCCAGGCCCGCAGGUCUUACGGUCUGACUUUCGGGGUCCAACAUCAUGGGGUUGUAUAUUAUACCUCUGCAGUCGGAACGAAUGAAUUCUUCCAAUUUCAUCUUCAUAUCAUGUGGGGUUUUCAUCUUUGGGGUUCGGCCUUUUUGAUCCCGGCCACUUGAGGAUUCAAAUAACCGUGGGACCUGUGGGUAGGCCUUCUGCAACGCUGACUUUUGUGCACUGCCAAUGCAUCCCCGAGGCUCGUCAAACCCCUUCUCGUGGUGCUGUAGUGGUAAAGCAAUACAUGCUGAGUAUUGGAAG